CGGCGUGUCUCUCCCGUCACUUUUAGAACUUGUUCAAGUCAAGCUCCUAAAAAGCUUCCUGCUUUAGCACUCCAGCCCUAGUGUCCCAAUCUACAAUCUUCUUGCAUUCCUUGGCGCUGUUAAUGGCUUCCUCUCAUACCCUGCAGUUGUUGUUUGCCUUUGGUGUUUGGUGUACUGCUUAUAUUACCGUUGCAAUUAUCUCAUAUUUCCGGAUAUUCAGCUCUCUUUGCUCCUGAUUAGUGCAGCUAGAAGUUUGAAGAAGCUACAAUGGGCUAUGCACAACUUGUAAUUGGCCCUGCAGGCAGUGGAAAGUCCACUUAUUGCUCUAGUUUGUACCAACAUUGUGAAACAGUCAGGCGGUCAAUACACAUUGUGAACCUAGAUCCUGCUGCAGAACAUUUUGAUUAUCCUGUGGCUAUGGAUAUCAGGGAACUCAUUUCCUUGGAUGAUGUUAUGGAGGAACUUGGUCUUGGUCCCAAUGGAGCUCUUAUUUAUUGCAUGGAAGAGCUUGAAGACAAUUUGGAUGACUGGUUGACAGAACAGCUGGAUAAUUACACUGAUGAUGACUAUCUAGUUUUUGACUGCCCAGGCCAGAUAGAACUUUUUUCACAUGUUCCGGUGCUUCGGAACUUUGUGGAGCACUUGAAGCGUAAAAAUUUCAAUGUCUGUGCUGUGUACUUAAUUGAUUCACAGUUCAUCACAGAUGUGACCAAGUUUAUAAGUGGGUGUAUGGCAUCCCUUUCUGCAAUGGUACAACUUGAAUUGCCUCAUGUUAAUAUCCUCUCCAAAAUGGACCUCUUAACCAACAAAAAGGACGUUGAAGAUUACUUGAAUCCAGAGCCUCGAGCUUUGUUGUCAGAACUGAAUCAACGCAUGGCCCCUCAGUUUUUAAAGCUAAAUAAAGCUUUGAUUGAACUGGUGGAUGAGUAUAGCAUGGUGAAUUUUGUGCCACUUGACCUGAGGAAGGAAAGCAGUAUAAAAUAUGUUUUGGCUCAAAUUGACAACUGCAUUCAAUAUGGAGAAGAUGCGGACGUGAAGGUUAGAGAUUUUGAUCCAGAGGAUGAUGAUGAGUAGACUAAUGUUUGCUGGAAUUAAGUUAUUGAGGACGCAGCCACUCCUUGAAAUUGAGCUGGAUGCAAUAUGUUUUUCACUUUGUAGAUAAAUUAAAAGAAGAAUGACGAGUUCUGAGCAAACAUUUUCAAUA